CGAUCGAGAGACAGAGAGAGAGAGACUUAACACUAUUGCGAAGAAGACGAUGAACAUAGUAGUAGCAGCUUCAACAAUAAACCCGUAGAAAUCGAUACUCUCGAUUGAUUGAAGUUUUUUUCCACCAGAUUUCAUUUCUAAUGGAAGAAGAGAGCCGAAUCGGGGACGAGCUCUCGAUUUCGGUUCUCACGGCGGAGCGCCUCCGUGGAGCGGUGGAUGAGGCUGAAUCGUUCAAGACGGAGUGCGGUGAGGUUGGUAAGCAAGUGGAUCGGCUUGCUCAAAUGCUCAGGACGCUCGUUCGCCUUGUCACCGGUUCUCAGCAGGUUUACGACCGGCCGAUUCGUCGAGUUAUCGUCGAUGUUAAGAAGAAUCUAGAGCGAGCUUAUGCUCUUGUUCGCAAGUGUAGAAGACUCAACGUAAUCCGGCGAGUUUGCACUAUCAUCAACGCCGCCGAUUUUCGCAAGGUGGUUAACCUUCUCGAAUCUUCCAACGGUGACGUGAAAUGGAUACUGAGUGUGUUUGAUUCCGACGGAGACGGAAGCUUCGGAGGUGGAAUCGUGAUCUCGCUACCACCGAUCGCCACCAACGAUCCGAUUUUCCCUUGGGUCUGGUCCCUGGUCGCGUCGAUACAGAUGGGGAAAUUGCCGGAUAAAAUCGACGCCGCGAAUCAGCUUGGUUCGCUUGCCGGAGAUAACGAUAGGAACAAGAAGAUCAUCGUAGACGAAGGAGGUGUUCCUCCUUUGCUGAGGCUACUCAAGGAGAGCUCAUCGGCGGAGGCGCAAAUCUCGGCGGCUACUGCGUUAGGGUUUUUGGCUUGCGACGAGGAUAAAGUGAGGUCUAUUGUUAACGAGCUCGGUGUUCCGAUUAUCGUUCAGGUUCUUGGGGAUUCUCCGGUUAGGGUUCAGAUCAAGGUAGCUACAUUGGUGGCAAGAAUGGCGGAACACGAUCCGAUUGCUCAAGACGAGUUCGCUAGACAGAGCGUGAUCAAGCCUCUGGUUACGCUGCUUUCGCUGGACGUCUUUGUGGAUGAUCUUCAAGUUCCACUGAGUAAGCAUAAUAGCAUUCACUCUCUUGUUCAGAUGAACAAAGACAUUGAGAAAGAUGCAUCCUUGAAAAUUUACAGGCCGUAUAAGAGUUCUAAGUCGAAUGUGUAUCGUGACAUUGGUGUUAGUGGAAGUAGAACAACAGGGAAUUUCAAGAAGGAGAGGGAUAAUGAGAAUCCAGAAGUGAAACAUGAGCUUAAAGUAAACUGUGCGGAAGCUCUAUGGAUGCUCGCUAGAGGGAAUGUAGCAAACAGUAGGAGGAUAACGGAGACGAAAGGUUUGCUUUCUUUGGCGAAGAUAGUGGAAAAAGAAGUCGGAGAGUUGCAAUACAAUUGUUUGAUGACGCUAAUGGAGAUAACCGCUGCUGCAGAGUCCAAUGCUGACCUUAGACGAGCAGCUUUCAAGACUAAUUCCCCGGCUGCUAAAGCUGUUAUUGACCAGAUGUUGUGGAUAAUCAAAGAAGUCGAUAGCCCGAUCCUGAAAAUCCCAGCGAUUCAAUCGAUAGGGUCAUUGGCUAGGACGUUCCCGGCAAGAGAGACGAGAAUGAUCGAGCCGUUGGUGGAGAAACUCGGUAGUAGCGACCAAGAAGUGGCGAUAACAGCUGUAAUUUCGUUGCAGAAAUUCGUCUGCCCCGAGAAUUUCCUCUGUGCAGAGCACUCGAAGAACAUAAUCGAAUACGGGUCAAUCCCGUUGUUGAUGAAGCUGAUAAGGAACUUUGAGCAGCAAGUGCAGUUACAAUGUCUGGUUCUGCUCUGUUACCUAUCGAUGAAUGCUAGUAACCACGAGCAAUUGGAACAGGCUAAGGUUUUGACGGUGCUCGAAGGAGCAGAAAGGUUGGCGAGUCUGCAGAAUCCAGAGUUGAGGGAACUUGUAUCGAAAGCUAUAUAUCAGCUAAGUCUAUACAAUGCAGGAAGUCACAGCCAAAUGCUAUCUUUUGUUGGUCCUUAAAAAGCAAUAUAGUUUACAAGCUUGUUUGUUGGAUUCUGGUACAGACAGAAUCUCCAUUGUUAGAUGAUCACAGGGAAAGAGCAAAAGCAAAAUCUCUCAUUUUGUUGAUCAUUGAUUGAUCAAUCCUGCAUUGUACAUUACACGAAAACAAAACAAAAGUUAGAUGGAAGGGUAAUAAAACUGGCUUUGCUCUGUCUCAUUUCGAAUAUUUAUUUAGUUUUGUAUUAAUCAUUUGAAUGGUGUUUACUACUAA